AUGGCUGGAGACAACAGAAGAUCAACUGCUGCUCAGUUUUUUAUGGAUGAGGAAGAAGUUAGUGCCGAGCAGGUAUCUACCUACGACCGGGUUGUGGAGUUAUUAAAUCAAGCAUCUUUAUUGCAAAGAGACAGCAUGAAAGCUACAUAUCUCCGACAGGUUCAAGAACUGAUUUUAUUCAAGGAACCUAAUUUAUUAGAUAAUUUUUUGGAGGAAAUGAUUGCAUUUCAAAGUGACCGCUCUGUAGAAGUACGAAAGUUUAUGAUCAGUUUCAUUGAAGAAGCAUGUAAAAAAGACCCUGACUUGCUUCUAAAGAUUAUGCCCAACCUGACAGCACUUUUUCAAGAUGAAAAUGUUAAUGUGCGGAAAAAAGUAAUUCUGGUUAUGGCUGGGCUUUACCGACUUGCUGUACAGUGGUUAAGCCAAACAAAAGCUCCAACAGCAGAGAUGCAACAUGCAUGGGAACAAAUCUUGAAUUUGAAAUCUCUGAUCAUUGAUUUGGUGGAUUCUGAGAAUGAUGGAAUCCGGACCCAUGUUGUCAAGUUCCUUGAAAGUGUUGUUUUAACUUUAACCAGAAAAUCACCUGAAUCAGAGGUCCCAAAGAAACAGGAAAAUGAUAUGAAUAUUGAAAAGAUUCCAGAAAAUCACAAAUUCCUCAAAGUGAAAAAGUUGGAAGAAGAAGGCAGCAAGUUAUUUGAUACACUGCUAAAGUUUCAGGCUUCUCCACAUGUAUCUAGUAUUAAUCUCAUGACUGUUAUGGGAAGCUUGACUACAAUAGCCAAACAAAGACCAGUAUAUUUUGAUCAGGUAGUCCAAGCAUUUGAAUCCUUGCAUGUAAAUCUGCCUCCCACAUUAGCCAAAUCGCAAGUGAGCAGUGUUCGAAAAAACUUGAAAAUGCAAAUGUUAGCUUUGUUAAAACAUCCGUGUUCUCCUGACUUCAUGCCACAAAUCACAACUCUUCUCACAGACCUAGGAGCUAUGCAGUCAGAAGUGAUGAAAUGUAUGCCCAAAGCAGAAGACAUAAGGAAGAGGAAAGCUGAGGAACCUCCAAGUACCUCAUCAUCUUCUAAGAAAGCCAAAGUAGAGAUUGAUGUAGAUGUUGAAGAUGAUGAUAUUGGCACAACACCUUGGAGCAACAAGGAGAAACAACCAAACCUAACACAAAAGCAAACUGCUAUUGACAUCACAGCAGAAGAUUUAGUAAAUAGACUGAAUGCUCACAAUGUUGCAGAUUUAGUUUUAAUUAGCAUGGUAAUGUUGCCUGAUUCUCUACCAGCACAUUUCCAGGCAACUUAUACUCCUAUUGCUGCUGCUGGAACACCAGGACAAAUUAAACAUCUUGCACGACUUCUUGCCACUCAGCUAACUAUGGCAGGCAUGGGCAAAGGAAUUAAUGAAGUCCAGCGCAUGGCUGGUGAAAAUGAGGAAGAACAAAUUUCUACAACUGAAGAUGGUGUCGCUUCCAAACAACACAUACAAACAUUAGUAGGAGGAAUGACUUCUACUUCUGAAGAUUUGAGCAAGAAACCAGAAAGUACACUGUUGGGACAACCUUUCAUGGGAACCAGAAAAGGUAUGAAACAAUUCAAAUUGGCAAGUGUGACAAAGAAUAUGGACAGGGAUUUGCUGGAUCAGAUGACAGUUAGUUCAGUCAAACGAAUAUUGAAUGCUGAAAAAAGUGCUUUAAUUGGAAAUGCUUUGUCUGAGCGGACAAAAAUUUUGGCAUCCCUUGUGGCUCAGUUUGGUGGUGAAUUGAAAAAUUUGUUACAAGAGUAUAUCUUUGAGGACUUACGCAACCGAGCAGAUAUUGCCUUCUCGUGGCUGUAUCAGGAAUAUGUGGUCUGCCAUGGUUUUAAUCGGUCUCACGUGGGGGAACACAAAAUUGUCCUUGCUAGCUAUGAUGAAUGUCUAACCAGAUUACUUAAUGGACUGUUGGAGCGAUCUGACCACAGAGAUGGGCUUUUUACUCGCUUGUUUUUGGAAGCCCCUGUCAUCACAGAUAACGCAGUUCAGAUUCUUCGUAAAUUCUGCCAAGAUGAAAAUCGCGUUCAUGUUGGCAUGGGAACCUUGCAAGAAAUGAUCUUGGCCAGACCACACCAUCGUCCAAAAUAUUUGCUUCUGUUGCUGGAGUUUGCUUCACAUGACAAAUUAGAGGUGCGGAAUCAUGCUAUUCGGGUUAUAAAAAAAUUAUAUGAAAGAGAUGACCUUAGAAAAUCAAUUGAGGGUCAUGCGCUUACUUACUUAAAAUACCUUCUUGCCCCCAAACCUCCUAUUGAAUUGUUCUCUGGUACAAGAUUAAAAACUGAACCACCAGAAGUGUGGGUGGAAGAUUGCAUUAAACUGUGUCUUUAUCUUUAUCUUGGUCUGUUACCUAGCAACCACAAAUUGAUCCAUGAGUUGGCUACAGUGUACACUGCGACAUCAGCAGAUAUCAAAAGAACUAUUCUACGUGUAUUGGAAAGUCCAGUACGUGGUAUGGGAAUGGAAUCACCUGAACUUCUGUUGCUAGUUGAAAAUUGUCCAAAAGGAGCAGAAACACUUGUUACCAGAGUCAUUCAUAUUCUCACAGAUAAAACUGCACCUUCUCCAGAACUUGUAGAACGAGUUCGUGAUCUUUAUCACAAGAGAGUUCCUGAUGUUCGAUUCUUAAUUCCUGUCUUAACAGGGCUACAAAAGAAAGAAGUUUUGGCAGCUUUACCAAAAUUAAUUAAAUUAAAUCCAAUUGUUGUUAAAGAGGUAUUCAAUAGGUUACUUGGUGGUCACGCUAACAGUGAUGCUUCUUACACAUUGCCUUUGACUCCUGCUGAAUUAUUGAUAGCUCUCCAUAAUAUUGAUCCAACUAAGUGUGACAUGAAAACCAUCAUCAAGGCUACAAAUCUUUGCUUUAGUGAGAAAAAUGUCUAUACCCAAGAAGUCCUGGCUGUUGUGAUGCAGCAACUGAUGGAACAAAAUCCGCUACCCACUUUGUUAAUGAGAACUGUUCUUCAGUCAUUGUCCAUGUAUCCAAAACUGAUUGGCUUUGUUAUGAAUAUUUUGCAAAGGCUCAUUACCAACCAGGUGUGGAAGCAAAAAAGAGUUUGGGAAGGUUUCAUCAGGUGUUGCCAAAGAACAAAAACACAAUCCUUCCAGGUACUUCUGCAACUUCCAGCACCGCAAUUACGUAACGUCUUUGAAAUCAGCCCUGAUCUACGAGAACCACUUCUGCAUCAUGUACAGCAAUUCACACCACAUCAGAGAGCACAUAUUCCAAAAGCAAUUAUGAAUGUGCUGGAGAAAGAUCCAGUUGAACCUGCUGUAACUGCAGAAAAGGAUAAAAAGGAACCUGUUGCACCUCCUGUGGCCAAACCCCCAGUUGCUGCCACUGAUGAAGAAUCUGUUACUACUCAAGUAUUAACCAAUGUUCCAAGUCCAGAAUUAUGUCUUAAGGUAACCACAAGGUCUUUUGAUGAUGGACGAGACUCUGGAGAUGAAGAGCCAAUUAAUCUGCCAUUAAAAUCAGCUGUAGUUGCAGUACCAAUAGCCACAGAAAUAACCACUGAUGAACCAAUUCAUAACAUUCACAGAAGUGCCAGACCACUGCAGGCUCAAGCUAGCAGACACAUGCCCAUGGAUGAUGACUCUAGUCAACAUGCAGCUGAAGAGGAGCAGGUAGAUGAAAAUGAUGCCACUCCUACACAUGACAGUGAUACUCCAUCCCCAACUCCAGUGCCCACACUAACUACCUUAACAGAAAGUUUACCAGACAAUUAG